AUGGUUCGGUUAACCAAAGAACAAAAACAAUUCUACAAAGACAAUGGUUACAUUCAUUUAAAGGAGUUGAUAAAAGGGGAAGAGUUCAAACGAGUUUCCGAAGAAUAUGAUAAUUUAUUCAGAAGAAAAAAUCAGGCGAAGACGGAGAGUUCAUGGGUUGGUAGUGAUGAUACUUUUAGAGAAAGUGAUAGUCCGCAUACGGUGAAGGGUAUUCACAAUUUGCAAAUGCAUCAUGCGGUAUUCGGUAAGUUACUAUACAAUGACGACUUACUCGAUGCAGCCGAAGAUGUUAUGGGAACGAAGAACAUAAUGCUUCACCAUACUAAGGCACACUUUAAACCGCCUGAAAAGGGAGCUUCUUAUCCAAUGCAUCAGGACUACCCCUACUUUCCAUAUAAAAAUGAUUCCAUGGUAGCUGCUUUCAUUCAUUUAGAUGAUGCAAAUCCUGAAAACGGUGGGCUUUUAGUGUAUCCCGGCUCCCAUAAAUUGGGACCUUUGGAAGAUUUUGGGCCUAAAGAAGGAAGUCAUUUCCAUUAUGUUGAUCAGAAAAAGUAUCCUAUAGAAUCAGCGACACCCGUCAUUGCAAAAGCAGGGGAUGUGGUCAUCUUCUCCUACCUCCUGAUCCAUGGAAGUACACCCAAUAUGUCUACAAAACCCAGAAGAAUGUUCCUCAUUCAAUUAGCAGAUGCUCAUGACGAGCCUAUUGGAGGAGAACGAGCACAACCAGGUCGAGGAUGGAUGCUGAGGGGUGUCAACCUCGAUAGAGAUGCUACUGUGGCAAAUCGGGCAAAGGAU